GUGAGUAUAGUAAAUUCCGCGCCAUUACUACAGUCUAUAAUUGCAUUACCUAGCGCAUAGCUCUGCUCUGCAUACGUGUACAGCCGGUGAAAAUAAUAGAAGGACAUUUUAAGACGACGUCGAAAGGGUGUCAUAUUUCAUCUUUCUAACUAAGAGACCUUCAUAUAAAAGCCAAGAUGGGCGACGACAGAAAGCCAGAUUACGAUGCCAAGUACGAAAUGGCUCCUCAAUCAGAAGGCGAUAUCGAAAAAGGAGAAGUGAAGAUUGCUGAUGGUCAUGGUGGCAGUGACGAGAAGAAACCUGCCAGCGAGGAUAAUGAAUGGGGUGGUCUGAAUAAGGCUGAGCUGCUGGAAGUUGCCGACACUCCUUUCUGGAAUUGGACCCGCAACAUCUUGCUGGUUCUUUUCUGGGUUGGUUGGGUGGCAAUGCUUGUUGCUGCAAUCGUCAUUGUCGUGAAAGUACCUCGAUGCCCAGAAGUCGAGUGGUGGGAAAAGAGUGUUUUCUACCGAGUGGUGCCCCAAUCAUUCAAGGAUAGCAACGGUGAUGGUUAUGGCGAUCUCCAAGGACUAACCAAGAAACUGGACUACGUUCAAGGCAUUGGGGCCGAGGUGCUUGUACUGUCUUCCAUCUACCAGCAGUCUCUGCAGGGACAGGACCUAGGCCAAGAGAUUGUCAACUUCACCAAUGUGGACAAGCGUCUGGGAACUCUCAAAGACUUUGACGACUUCAUGACUAGUGCUGAAGAGAAAGAUCUGAAAGUGAUCUUAGAAUUUGUACCAAACCAUUCCAGCAAGGACCAUCCUUGGUUCUUGGCCAGUCGUAACAGUACCGGUAACUUCAGUGACUACUAUGUAUGGAAGGAAUGUGGUGAUGGAACCAACCCACCAAACGAAUGGCUCAACAAGUUUGGUGACAGUGCGUGGACCUACGAUGCUGUUAGGAAGCAGUGCUACUACCACUACCUGAAGGCAGAGCAACCAGACCUCAACUAUGACAACACCAACGUCCAGAUGGCUAUUGAGGAUGCGCUCAAGUUCUGGUUUGAUCGCAAGGUUGAUGGAUUCAUCUUCAGUGAUGUUGAUUACAUCUUUGAAUCCAGUGACGUGGCCACAGCCCUAGGCAACCGCCGCCGUCGUCAAGCGACUGGGAGCACAGACGCCCCCGCUGCUGCUACUACCACUCCAGCUGCUGCUGCUGAUGCUACCGUUUCUGCUGCUGCUACCGUUCCUGCUGCUGCUUCUGCUACUACUAACAUGGCUAUGAAACCUUCAAGUGAGCCUGAACCCUCCAGCGAACCAGAACCCAGCAAUGAACCAGAACCAACUGGCUCAUCUGGAAGCGAAUUCGUUCCGCAAUACAAAUGUGUUGGUGAUGCUUGCCCUGGGAUGCAGGCCAAACUUCACGAUCUCCUGGUCAGGUGGAGAGAAGUCUUCAGACAGAACACUUAUCUUGGAAAGUACAGACUCCUGGUGACAGAGACUGAGCGUUUUCCUAACGAUGCCGUCCUUCAGUUUGGCAAUGACAGCCGCGAAGCAGACCUGGUGAUCAACCUUGGCUUUGCUAAGUCUAUUGAGGCCAAUCCAACCGUUGAUUCCAUCCAGGGUGCUGUAGCCAAAUGGCUAAAAGGCAAGGAGGAUGGUGGUUUUGAAAAGAGAUGGAACACCUGGACACUUGGUGAUGAGAGUAUGUCUCGUAUUGCUAGUCGUGCUGGAGAGAAGUUUGCUCGCUCACUCAACUUUAUCCUGCUCACCCUUCCUGGUACCCCCAUCACUUACUAUGGAGAAGAGCUGGGAGCCCUUGACCUGGCCGUUGGUGGUGUUGAUGCCUCGCGUGGACCCAUGUACUGGGCUAACUUCACCAAUGGUAACUUCACUGCUUCUAAUGCUACAGCCUGGCUAGAUCUUCCUACUGAUUCCAACUACAGUGUUGAGGUUCAAGAUGCUGACAUGAAAUCCUCACUCUCGGUCUUCAAGCAGCUAGCCAGUUUCCAUGGUGAGCCAUCUAUGACUGCUGGCGAGUAUCAUCUGAUGCACUCAUCUGGAACCGUCUACGCUUACCUGCGUCAGUUCCCCGACUGGCCUGGCUACCUGGUCGUCAAUAACUUUGGCUCCUCGUCUACCAAGAUUGACUUUGAGGUGAAACUUGGCGAGACUGUGUUCACCCAUGGAGUGUUCAAGCUCAGUAGCUCUGGUAUCAUGCCGGAGAAGACGAAGCUUGCCUUGACAGAUAUUACUGUUGAUGCAUUCACCUCCAUCCUAGUAGAAAUCAAGAAAUAAAAAGUGGUUGUUUCUUUCAUGUGUCCAAAUUUCCCUGUUUGUAGGGGAAUUUCAUAAAUGCUGUCUUUCAGCUGAAGCACAUAGUAUCCUGCUUUUCUUCUUUGUAUUGUCUGUUUUUGAAACAAACAUGACCUGUAGUUGAUAUAAAUUAUCUCCUUUCCUUUAAAUUGGAUUUGGAAACCUGAAAUAUAACACAUGUUGGGUUUAUUUACGAUGUGGGGUUAUUUGGGUGAAGGGUUAUGUCAAAUCUCUGUCGAGUGCUGCCUGCGCCAUCAUUAGUAAAAAACAAUGGCGAGACAAUUAUCUAGUUUAUUUAAGCAGUUAGAAUUACAAUAGCACCGUAAUUAUUUCAAGCGCUAAAUUUUUAGUUUUUCGAAAGUUGUUCAUGUGGAAACAAAUGUGAUACCUGUUCAAGGAAAAUGAUACUUAAAGGUACUACGGUAUGUCCCAUUUGCAGGCCCAAAAAAAUGAAAAGAUUAAAUUCCAACAGCAUUUGGAAGAUAAUAGUAAUUAAGAACUUCCCUCAAAACAAAAGGGCUUGAAAAAGUUUUUAAGUGUGAAAAUAACGACCAUUAGUUGUCGAAGCGACUUUAGUGAUUGCAAUCCAUUUAGUAUGAUAUUCAGACCCAUUGGUCGUACGUUUUGUGCUGUGUAAAGAUUCAAUCAGUUUAAUUUUGGCCAUUACAUGAAGUGGGUUAUUGAUGUCAGUGCAGUCUAGAAUGUAAAUGGGCUUCCUUGCAUAAUUUGAAUAUUAGGACAUAACUUUCACAGAUAGGACAUGUAUGUAUACAUGACAUAUUCAUAAUUCCUGCAAAGUUCUACAGAAUUAGAUGUUGGCUGCAAAUGAGACAUAGUACCUUUAAUAUGUAUUUCAAAAGUUUGUCCACGUGUUUUCGCACACUAGUAAGAGCCCCCCAUGUAACUGUCCUUUUCGUUGGAUUGUAAAGUAUGCCCAUGAGAAGAAAUACAUCUGCCUAGCUAAGGAUUAUGGAAAUGAAAUUAAGUACAGUAGUUGAAUAGUUUAACUUGUGCUUGUCCCGCAUAUUUGUGUUUUUGAUUAAAAGAUAUCUUCCCUGUCAAGAA